AUGGGCAGGGUCGGGGACGGCCUGGUGGGGCAGGAGGAGGGGGCGGAGGAGGAAUGGUGGUGCUGUCGAAGCCACGUAGCUCGCAAAAAGCUGCUGGGCCGAAGCUUUCUGUUCCACCCCCUGAAUUUGCCAUCCUUGCGUAAAGAGCAUGAAAGGUUUGAUUCAUUGGGAUCAGGUGGCGGACAUGGUAGUGGUGGUCCGGGAAAUGGGCCACGACCCAGUUCUUCUGGUAUGGGGUGGAGUAAGCCUGCUGCAAUACCUGUGCAGGAGAAAGAGGAGUUGGAUGUUAGUGGUGCUAAUAAUGUAGUUGAUAAUGGAAAUAAUUAUGGUGGUGGUGAUCAGGGAGUGAGUGAUGUGGGUAAUGGGGUUAAUAAAGGGACCAUCACCGCUAGUAGUGGUAGUGUGUAUAUGCCACCUUCGGUGAGGUCAGUGGGGCCAACCGUUGCUUCUGGUGGUCCAAGGGGUUAUUCAGUAGUGGAGAAAGCUACGGUUUUAAGGGGUGAGGAUUUUCCUUCAUUGAAGGCAACUUUGCCUGCUGUGUCUGGACCAGAGAAGAAGCAGAAGGAUGGUUUGAGUCUGAAACAGAAGCAGGUGUCGAGUGAGGAGUUGGGUAAUGAGCAGAGGGGUGGAUCUAGUUUGAGUAGGGUUGUUGAUAUGCAUCCCCAAAUGCAGGCAAGGAAUAAUAUUGUUAAGGGACUGGAUGAAAAUGGUGGUGACAACCGAGGAAUGGGUCGCCCUUUAAUACCCAAGAAAGAACGGAAACAGGAAGAGUACUUUCCAGGUCCUUUGCCAUUAGUUCGGUUGAAUCCUAGGUCAGAUUGGGCAGAUGAUGAGCGGGACACAGGGCAUGGUUUGACUGAAAGAGGGAGAGAUCAUGGUUUCUCAAAGAACGAGGUUUAUUGGGAGAGGGAUUUUGAUUUUCCAAGAUCAAGUGUUUUACCUCAGAAGCCAGCUCACAAUCUUUUUGACAGGCGAGGACAGCGUGACAAUGAAACUGGAAAGAUUUCUUCUAGUGAAGUCACUAAGGUAGACAAUUAUGGAAGAGAUAUCAGAACACCUAGUAGAGAGGGAAGGGAAGGGAACUCAUGGAGAGCUUCAUCGCCUCUUACAAAAGAUAGAUUCACCGUUCAAGAGGCUGGAAAUGAAAGAAACGGUUUUGGUGGAAGACUAGCUAGUUUGAACAGAGAAACAGCCAAGGUGAAUAAGCACAUGCCUUCAGCGUUCUGGGACAGUUCUCAGGAUGAUGCUGGAAGGAGGGAUGUGGGGUAUGGUCAAGGAGGGAGACAGCCUUGGAGUAAUACUAUGGAUUCUUUUGGCAAUCGAGGGCCUGAACGGAAUACCCGAGAACGUUAUGGCAGUGAACAAUACAACAGAUACUGGGGCGAUUCUUAUCAGAAUAACUCAGUUGUCAAAUCAUCAUUUUCUGUGGGUGGUAAAGGGCUUUCAGUUAAUGACCCCAUAUUGAAUUUUGGUAGGGAGAAACGCUCAUUUUCAAAGAGUGAAAAACCUUAUCAAGAGGAUCCUUUCAUGCAGGACUUUGGAACUUCUGGUUUUGAUGGACGAGAUCCUUUCUCUGGAGGCCUUGUUGGUUUGGUUAAGAAGAAGAAGGAUGUGCUUAAGCAGAUUGAUUUCCAUGAUCCUGUUCGGGAAUCUUUUGAGGCUGAACUUGAGAGAGUUCAGAGGAUGCAGGAACUGGAACGGCAGCGGGUAGUUGAAGAGCAGGAAAGGGCUAUAGAGUUAGCUCGUAGAGAAGAAGAGGAGAGAGUGAGGCUAGCUAGGGAACAAGAAGAACGGCAGAGAAGGUUGGAAGAAGAAGCUAAAGAAGCUGAAUGGAGAGUUGAACAAGAGCGACUGGAAGCCAUCCAAAGGGCAGAAGAAAAUAGGAUAGCUAGAGAGGAGGAGAAACAAAGAAUAUUUAUGGAGGAGGAGAGGAGGAAACAAGCUGCUAGGCAGAAGCUUUUAGAAUUGGAAGAAAAGAUUGCGAAGAGGCAAGCUGAAGCAGCAAAGAGUGGAAAUGAGAAUUCUUCUGGUGUUACAGAUGAGACAAUGAGAGGGAUGGUGACAGAAAAAGAUGUUUCCAGGGUGACAGAUGUUUGUGAUUGGGAAGAAAGUGAAAGGAUGGUGGAGAGCAUCACAGCUUCAGUAUCUUCUGAUUCGUCAGUAGUGAAUAGACCAUUCGAAAUGGGUUCUGGGCCUCAAUUGUCUAGAGAUGGCUCUUCAGCUUUUUUAGACAGAGGAAAACCUGUGAAUUCAUGGAAGAGAGAUGAAUUUGACAAUGGGAAUAGUGCAGCGUAUGUUCCACAAGACCAGGAAAAUGGUCACCCUAGUCCCAGGAGAGAUGUAUCUGCUGGAGGGAGAGCAUUUUCUAGGAAAGAGUUCUAUGGGGGACCUGGAUUAAUGCCCUCAAGGCCUUAUCACAAAGGAGGGAUUCCUGAUCCCCAUGUGGAUGAUUUUAGUCAACAAAUUAGAAGUCAAAGGUGGAAUAUUUCUGGCGAUGGAGAUUAUUUUAGUAGAAACUCAGAGAUUGAAUCUGAUUUUCAAGAGAACUUUGCAGAGAGAUUUGCUGAUAGUGCAUGGGGGCAUGGUCAUAAUCGGGGCAAUCCUUAUCCUCAAUACCAUGAAAGAACGUAUCAAAACCAUGACACCGAUGGGCUCUAUUCGUUUGGGAGCUCACGGUAUCCCAUGAGGCAACCUCGUGUUCUACCCCCUCCAUCCAUGGCUUUAUUGAAUAGAAACCCUUAUAGAGGUGAGAAUGAACAUUCUGGUCCCUCAACCUUUCCGGAGAAUGAGAUGCAGUACAAUCAUGGAGCUAGAAAUGAAUCUACCAUGCAGCCAAGGUAUGAUAGCAGUUUUCAAGAGAAUCGUGGACGAGCUGAAAUAAUUGCCCAGCAAGAGAAUACUGAGACUGAGGUGCAGAAACUGAAUGGGAACACAACAAGGUGUGACUCACAGUCUUCACUCUCUGUUUCAAGUGCACCUGAUUCUCCGGUUCAUCUCUCUCAUGAUGAUUUGGAUGAAUCUGGAGAUUCUCCAUUGUUAUCAGCUGGUGAACGCAAAGAUGUUGCCUUGUUGGGAGAAGAGAAUGAAUCUUUAGUGUUGCCUACUGAAGCUGAGAAAGAGAAUAUGAUGAGUGGCUCAAGUAUUAUUUCUAAUGGCGACGACGACGACGAAUGGGCUGUUGGGAAUGAUGAACAGUUGCAGGUGCAUUUUCCAAAAAUAAACUAG